AUGGAUGAAAAAAUUGAAUUAUUAAUAAAUACGAUAAAAAAAUGGACAAUAAAAUAUGCGUAUAAGAUAUAUAUUAAAGGGAAAAACGAAGAAAAAAAAGAAUAUUAUUUUACUGUUACAUUUUUUCAUCAAGAAGCGAAUGAAUCUAUUUCAAAAUGUACUAUAAAUGCAAAUUUUGUUAUAACAGAGAUAGAAUUAAUAGAUAUGAAUAAUUUAUGUACUUGUAAUAACUCUAAUGAAAAAUAUUUUAUAACUUUUAAAUUUGAAAAUGAAAAUCUAACAAGAACUCUAGAUAUGAACUUAAAUUAUGAGGCGUGGAUAGAUAAAUUAAUUAAAGAUAAAGAAAAGCUGAGAAACAAUAUAGAUUUAUCAUCAGAAUAUAUGAAAACUAGAUUUAUUAAACCAAUUGAUGAAGAAAAUAUUCAAAUAAUUUUAAAUAAAAUUAAAGAGGAAAGGGAAGAAACUAAAAAAAAAAACCAAAUACAAAAAGAGUUAAAAGAAAAAAAGGAGAAAACAUUGAAAAAAGAAAACAAAUUACAUAAAAUAAAGUCUUAUGAAGAAACAUAUGAAUUAGAAAAAAUAAAUUCUCAACAAAAUUUAGACAUUACUCAUGGAAAUAAAGAAUUUGGAAAAACAAAUAAAAUAAAUGAAGAAAAUCAAAAAUUGAAUGAAGUACUAUCCUUUUUAAGAAAUAUUCUAUAUUUUUAUUUUACAGAUAUAGAUAUUAAAAAAAAAGGAAAAUUGAUAUAUAAUUAUUAUAAUGAAAUCCUAAAAAUGGUUAAUUACAAGGUGUGCAUAAGUUAUAAAUAUUUAGAACAGUCCUUAUCUAAAAGAGAAGAUAAAGAAAAUGAUUUUUCCAAAAUUUCUGAAAAUUUUUUUUUUUAUGAAACAGAUGAUAUAUUAUGCUCAAGUACUAAUGAUAGUUCAAACGAGGAAAAUUCAGUUAUACAAAAUAUAAAAAAAAAAAAAAAUGCAAAAGAUGAAAACAAAUAUAUCUCAAAUUUAUUUAAUAUUAAUAACAAAGAAGUUGAUCUAAUUAAAAAUAUUAGUAUAUAUAAAAAUAAUGAUUUUAAUGGGUGUAAUAUAUUUUUUGAGUCAUUAAACAAAUCAGUCACUAGCUCUGAAUUGUUUAUUUUUAACAAAGAUAAUGAAUAUAAUAAAUAUAUCUUUACUGAUAAUUAUUACGAUUUCUUAUUAUAUAUGUCAUAUGCAGAUGAAGAAGAAAAGGGUUAUAUAAAUUAUAAUGAUUAUAUAAAUGAUUUACCAAAGUAUUUAUACGAAUUAAAAAAAAAUAGAGAAUAUUUCAAUAUAAUUAAUUUAGAUGAUUUAGUUUUAUAUAAACAGUUAAUAUAUGUUUGUUAUGAAAAUGAAUUAAAUUUCAUGUAUGAUUGCUUUUUAAGUGAAUUUAAGAAAUUUGAUGUAGGUAAUAGUGGAUAUAUCCACCGUAACCAGUUAAAAAAAAUACUUCAAAAAAAUGAUCACAUUAUUUCAAGACAAGAGUAUAAGUUAUUACUUCAUAUUUUUGAUUUUAAUGAUGACAAUUAUGUGUAUUAUAAAAACAUUAAAGAAAUUAUUUUAAGAUUAAGAUUUGAAGGAAUAAAAAAUAGCAUAUUUGAAAGGGAUCAAAAGCUACUACAGAAGUAUUUAUGUGAAGAGUUAAUAAAAAAUAAUUUAAAAAAUAAGAAAAAGAUACAUAUAUUUGAUUGCAAAAAUAUUUUAGAUUUUUGUGACAAAAUUUAUUUAAAUAAGAAUAUUAUUCAUAUAAUAUUGUCUUCUCUAAAUUUUGAUGAAAAUUUAGAAUUAGAUGUGACUUUCUUUUUACAAGUUUCUAUUACAAUAAUUAUUAAUUGUAUUAAAUUAGAAAAUAUGCAUAUGAUUUAUAAUAUUAUAACUGAUGAAAAGGAAAAAAAGGAAGAAGUUCAAAAUAAUGAAUCAAAUCAUGCUUGCAAAAGGAAAAAAGAUAAUAAAAAAACUGAAAAAGCCAAUAUACCAGCAUUAGAAUUAGUUGAAAGAACAUUAACAAAACUAUUCAAAGUUCUAGAUGAAAAAAAUGAAAGUUAUUUAAAUAUAAAUGAAUUCAUUGAAACCUUAUUAGAAUCAAAUAAAAAAAAAAAAAUAAUUGACAUAAAAGAAAUAUGUAAAUUAAGCAAAAAUGAAUUGCAAGGUUUCGUAGCAGAAAUAGAUGCUACUUCAAAUAAACAUAUUUAUAAAAAAAAUAUAAAAAAUGGUAGAAAUUUCGAAUUUUGCAAAAAUAGAAAAAUUCAUUAUGAAUCGCAUAUACAUAAAUGGUGUUCAAAAACAUAUCAAAUAAGAUCAUGUGAUUACUAUAGCUAUUUUCUAAAUUAUUCGGAUCAUUUAAUAGAUUUAGACGAUGAAAUAAUUAACUCUUUAUUGUUUUGUGAAGAAAAAAAAGAAUAA